GCGGAUGUUUGUCAUGCGUAUCAGCUUCUAAAGAAAGGUGGAGUGAAAGAGGAGAAUAUUGUAGUGUUUAUGUAUGAUGAUAUUGCAGAGCACGAAGAGAAUCCAAGGCCUGGAGUUAUUAUUAACAGUCCUAAUGGAGAGGAUGUCUAUAACGGAGUUCCCAAGGAUUAUACUGGAGAUGAAGUCAAUGUUGAUAACUUAUUUGCUGUGAUCCUUGGAAAUAAAAAAGCUCUUAAAGGAGGAAGUGGCAAAGUUGUAAAUAGCGGUCCAAACGAUCAUAUUUUCAUAUAUUAUAGCGAUCACGGUGGCCCAGGAGUGCUUG